AUGUAUUUCUCCGCAGCUGUAUUGGCCUUCGCCACGUCGGCAUUCGCCCAGAACCAGACCGGCCCUUUCGCUCUGCACAUCACCGGCAAGACGGACAAGACGAUUGACGGCUACGGCGCCUCCUGCCACUCCGGCGCCGCCAUCGAGACCCUCUGCUACAGCGCCGGCGCCGCAAGCGCGUCAGCCAACCAAUACUACUACAACUACUCGUCCUACAGCCCAGACACAGGCGCCGUCUCCCAGCCGGGCCUCAUCACCUGGAACCUGCCGUUCACCAGCGGUGCAAACGGGUCCAGCGUCAGCUACGAGAGCCAGGCCCUCGAGCUGCAGGUCAACCUGGUCAGCAACGUGCUCCCGGCCAUGUUCGGCUUCGGCGACCCGACGUACUUCUCCUUCCACCCGGACAACGGCACGUUCUACGUCGGCAGCGCGGUCGACGACUCUAGUUUUAAUGAGACCGUCCCCGUGGAGCCGUACGUCGGUCCUAUUGAUAAUUUCUACCUGUGCUACCAGUACUUCGAGGGGUACUAUUAUCGUUCUGUCGGCUGGGCCCUUACUACCCCGCCCCACAACCCGUCGUGCGAGCCUGUUAACGUGGCUAUGGAGGUGGUCGCCUAA